CUCUCCCACAGCCCUCCCCUUUCCCCCUGGGUGUCCGACCCUUUCCCGGCUGUUUCUCCGUAAAAAUCCAACGAAAACUCCUGGAAUUCCCAUUCCCAGCCCGGUUCAGGAUGGCAGGAAAAUGCGGAGCGUGCGGGCCGGGCUAUGCCAGCCCUCUGGAGGCCAUGAAAGGGCCCCGGGAGCAGCUGCUGUACCUGCCCUGCAUCUACCGGAACACCGGGAUCGGCAUUCCCGACUUCCUGGCCACCGUGGACGUGGAUCCCAAAUCCCCUCGGUACUGCCAGGUGAUCCACCGGCUGCCCAUGCCGCACGUGGGGGACGAGCUGCACCACUCGGGCUGGAACGCCUGCAGCAGCUGCCACGGGGACCCCGGCAAGUCCCGGCGGUUCCUGAUCCUGCCCAGCCUCGUCUCCUCCCGCGUCUACGUCGUGGACGUGGCCACCGAUCCCAGGGCUCCCAAGCUCCACAAGGUGGUGGAAGCCGAGGAGCUGGCCCGCAAGGCCAACGCCGCGUUCCCGCACACUUCCCACUGCCUGGGCUCCGGGGAAAUCCUCAUCAGCUGCCUGGGGGAUCCUGAUGGCAACGGAAAAGGCACUUUCGUCCUCCUGGAUGGAGAAACCUUUGAAGUGAAAGGAAAUUGGGAAAAUGGAGGAAAAGUCCCAAAUCUGGGCUAUGACUUCUGGUACCAGCCCCGGCACAACGUCCUGCUCAGCACCGAGUGGGGUGUCCCCAGGGUCCUGGCCCAGGGAUUCAAUCCCAAGGAUGUGGAGAAAGGGCACUACGGGCGGCACAUCAACGUGUGGGACUGGCGGGAGCGGCGCCUGGUGCAGGAGCUGGAC